CGUAGGUGUUUUUGGCUUUGAUUCUUUAGGAGCCGUUGGGUGCCUCUGAAACUGCAUGCUUUACUUUUUGUAUUGGAGCAGAUGUCGUGGCACUAAGACCCAGAAACCAUUUGCUCUGUGUGGCUGGAGCUGGGCUGGCUGUGCUCGCACUGAAGGGAAGGAAGUCAUUAGUGCAGACUGAGCUGUGGAGUUGGGUUCUUGCAGGAUUUCCUUCCAGCCUUUCCCCACUAAGGUUCUUGGGAAUUAAAAAAAAAAAAAAAAAAAAAAAAAAAUCUAAACACACAAACCAAGUUUUCCUAUUUACAGUGUUCAGGGAAGGUAGGCAUUUCGAGAAGGGCAGAUCCUUUUCCCAAGUUAUCCAAGAAGGAAGCGAAAACAGCGUAAAGAAGCUCUGAUUACAGAUCUUUGGAAUUUUCUUUGCUAAAUUUUACAAACGAGAAAUACACCCAGAAUUGUGGGAAUUGCUCCAGGCUGCGCGUGAGGGUUUGAUUGCUUGUCUAAUCUUUUCUGAGAAGAGGAGAAUUCGCCAAAAGGGGUUUGGAUGGCAGAAGCCCGGCUGGGAUUCUGUAGCAGCUCGCGUUCUCGCUCUCUUCUCUGAGGGAGGGUCUCUGCAGUCAGCUCGGAGAACCCUGCCGCAGGCUCCUUUUGCAGACACCGGCCGGGAAAAUGCCCCGCUCUGGCAGGAGUACGCCGGUGGCUGCUGGGACUUCCUAGCCUGGUGGGAAGUGUGUUCGUGGUUUGGGGAUACUUUUCAUUGAACUGAAGGCGAAAAGACUGGACUCUCCUGGGGCUUUUCCCAUUGCAGUGAAUAUGGGAAAGAAUUAGGGGGUGGGAGGGAGGCAGCAUGACUUGCAGUCGUCGCUGCCCUGCAUCUGCCCCCAGCCCCCAGCCAACAUCUUGAUGUUCCACGUAUCGGCUUUACAAAUAUGAUGAAAUGGCAGCCCCGGAAGAAGGCAUACUUCCGACAGGGUGUUGCCCUCCAGUACCUUGGACGUCAUGCCGAUGCCCUGGCAGCCUUUGCAUCUGGACUGGCUCAAGACCCCAAGAGUCUCCAGCUUCUGGUGGGGAUGGUGGAAGCCGCCAUGAAAUCUCCCAUGAGAGACUCCCUCGAGCCCACUUAUCAGCAGCUUCAGAAAAUGAAACUGGACAAGAGUCCCUUUGUGGUAGUGUCUGUGGUUGGGCAGGAACUUCUGACAGCUGGCCAUCAUGGGGCCUCCGUCGUUGUCUUAGAAGCCGCACUGAAGAUUGGCACCUGCAGCCUCAAAUUGAGAGGUUCUGUUUUCUCUGCCCUGAGCAGUGCUUACUGGUCUCUUGGAAAUACAGAGAAGAGCACCGGAUAUAUGCAGCAGGACUUGGAUGUAGCCAAGACCUUAGGUGACCAGACAGGAGAAUGCCGAGCUCAUGGGAAUCUGGGCUCUGCAUUCUUCUCCAAAGGAAAUUACCGAGAGGCUCUCACUAACCACAGGCAUCAGUUGGUACUCGCCAUGAAACUCAAAGAUCGAGAGGCUGCUUCAUCAGCUUUGAGCAGUCUGGGCCACGUGUACACAGCCAUUGGAGACUACCCCAAUGCACUGGCCAGUCACAAACAGUGUGUUCUUCUUGCCAAGCAAUCCAAAGAUGAACUUUCUGAAGCCCGAGAACUUGGCAACAUGGGAGCUGUGUAUAUUGCCAUGGGUGACUUUGAGAAUGCUGUGCAGUGCCAUGAGCAGCAUCUGAAGAUAGCCAAGGACCUGGGGAACAAGCGAGAAGAGGCCCGGGCCUACAGCAACCUGGGCAGUGCCUAUCACUACCGAAGGAACUUUGACAAGGCCAUGUCUUACCACAACUAUGUCCUGGAGCUGGCCCAGGAGUUGAUGGAGAAGGCUAUUGAGAUGCGGGCCUAUGCUGGACUAGGCCAUGCUGCCAGGUGCAUGCAGGAUUUGGAGAGAGCUAAACAGUACCAUGAGCAACAGCUGGGCAUUGCUGAGGAUCUCAAGGACCGGGCUGCAGAGGGGCGAGCAUCCUCCAAUCUGGGAAUCAUACACCAGAUGAAAGGUGAUUAUGACACUGCGCUGAAACUCCACAAGACCCACCUGUGCAUCGCCCAGGAGCUGAGUGAUUAUGCUGCCCAGGGCCGUGCCUAUGGGAAUAUGGGCAAUGCCUACAACGCCCUGGGCAUGUACGACCAGGCGGUCAAAUACCAUCGGCAGGAGCUGCAGAUCUCCAUGGAAGUGAAUGACCGAGCCUCACAGGCUUCCACACAUGGGAACCUUGCCGUGGCCUAUCAGGCCCUGGGUGCCCAUGACCGGGCCCUGCAACACUAUCAGAACCACUUGAACAUUGCCCGGGAGCUACGAGACAUCCAGAGCGAGGCCCGGGCCCUCAGCAACCUGGGCAAUUUCCACUGCUCUCGGGGAGAGUAUGUCCAGGCUGCCCCCUAUUAUGAACAGUACCUCCGGCUUGCUCCCGACCUUCAAGACAUGGAAGGAGAAGGGAAGGUCUGCCACAAUCUUGGCUAUGCCCAUUACUGCCUUGGAAAUUAUCAGGAGGCAGUGAAGUACUACGAACAGGAUCUGGCACUAGCCAAAGACCUUCAUGACAAGUUGAGCCAAGCAAAAGCCUACUGCAACUUGGGCCUAGCAUUCAAGGCUCUGCUGAAUUUCAGUAAAGCUGAAGAGUGUCAGAAGUACCUACUGUCCCUAGCCCAGUCUCUGAAUAAUUCCCAGGCUAAAUUUCGAGCCCUAGGGAACCUGGGCGAUAUAUUCAUCUGUAAAAAAGAUAUAAAUGGUGCAAUAAAAUUCUACGAGCAGCAGCUGGGCUUAGCUCACCAGGUAAAGGACAGAAGAUUAGAAGCCAGUGCAUAUGCAGCCCUGGGCACUGCAUACCGAAUGAUCCAGAAGUAUGACAAGGCCCUGGGUUAUCACACACAGGAACUGGAGGUGUAUCAGGAGCUGAGCGACUUGCCAGGGGAGUGCAGAGCUCAUGGGCACCUGGCUGCUGUCUACAUGGCCCUUGGGAAAUACACAAUGGCAUUCAAGUGUUAUGAAGAGCAACUGGAUCUAGGGCAAAAGCUGAAGGAUCCAAGUCUGGAAGCCCAGGUCUAUGGCAACAUGGGCAUCACAAAGAUGAACAUGAAUGUGAUGGAAGAAGCCAUUGGUUACUUUGAGCAGCAAUUGGCCAUGCUGCAGCAGCUAAGUGGAAAUGAGUCUGUGCUCGACAGGGGCCGGGCCUAUGGCAACCUGGGGGAUUGCUACGAAGCCCUGGGUGACUAUGAGGAAGCUAUCAAAUACUAUGAACAAUAUUUAUCUGUGGCACAGAGUCUGAAUCGCAUGCAAGACCAAGCCAAGGCUUACCGGGGCCUGGGAAAUGGACACAGGGCAAUGGGGAGCUUGCAGCAAGCCCUUGUAUGCUUUGAAAAGAGGCUCGUGGUUGCCCAUGAGCUCGGGGAGGCCUUCAAUAAAGCCCAGGCCUAUGGAGAACUGGGAAGUCUGCACAGCCAAUUAGGGAAUUACGAACAAGCCAUUUCCUGCCUUGAACGCCAGCUGAACAUUGCUAGAGAUAUGAAAGACCGAGCCCUGGAGAGUGACGCAGCCUGUGGCCUGGGGGGCGUUUACCAGCAGAUGGGGGAGUAUGACACAGCCCUGCAGUACCACCAGCUUGAUCUACAGAUAGCAGAGGAAACCAACAACCCCACAUGCCAGGGCCGAGCCUAUGGGAACCUGGGCCUGACUUAUGAAUCCCUGGGCACCUUCGAGAGGGCUGUGGUCUAUCAAGAACAGCACUUGAGCAUUGCUGCACAGAUGAAUGACUUGGCGGCCAAGACGGUAUCAUAUAGUAGCCUUGGAAGGACCCAUCAUGCCUUGCAGAACUAUUCCCAAGCAGUCAUGUACUUACAGGAAGGUUUAAGGUUAGCUGAGCAACUGGGCCGAAGAGAAGAUGAGGCAAAAAUUCGCCAUGGCCUUGGCCUCUCCCUUUGGGCUAGUGGAAACUUGGAGGAGGCCCAACACCAGCUUUAUAGGGCAUCAGCCUUGUUUGAAACGAUCCGACACGAGGCACAGCUGAGCACGGACUACAAACUCUCCCUCUUUGACCUGCAGACAUCAUCCUACCAGGCCCUGCAGCGGGUGCUGGUCACCUUAGGCCAUCAUGAUGAAGCCCUGGCUGUGGCAGAAAGGGGACGGACAAGGGCAUUUGCUGAUCUUCUGGUGGAACGACAAACAGGACAACAGGACUCUGACCCCUACUCCCCAGUCACUAUUGAUCAGAUCUUAGAGAUGGUUAAUGGCCAGAGGGGACUAGUGCUUUACUAUUCCCUGGCUGCAGGCUAUCUGUAUAGCUGGCUGCUUGCUCCUGGGGCAGGAAUUCUGAAGUUUAAUGAACACUACCUGGGUGAGAACACAGUGGAAAACUCAAGUGACUUCCAGGCCAGCAGCAGUGCAACCCUUCCAACGGCAACUGGCUCAGCCCUGGAGCAGCACAUUGCCAGUGUCCGGGAGGCCCUGGGGGUGGAGUCUCACUACUCAAGGGCCUGUGCCAGCAGUGAGACAGAGAGUGAAGCAGGAGACAUCAUGGACCAGCAAUUUGAAGAGAUGAACAACAAACUCAACUCGGUCACUGACCCCACUGGCUUUCUGCGGAUGGUUCGCCGCAAUAACCUCUUUAACAGGAGCUGCCAGAGCAUGACGAGCCUGUUCAGUAACACUGUGUCACCGACCCAGGACGGGACCUCCUCUCUUCCCAGGAGGCAGAACUCGUUCGCCAAGCCCCCGCUCCGUGCCCUGUAUGACCUGCUCAUCGCACCCAUGGAAGGGGGCCUGAUGCACUCCAGCGGCCCCGUGGGCCGGCACCGGCAGCUCAUCCUGGUUCUAGAGGGGGAGCUCUACCUCAUUCCUUUCGCCCUCCUGAAGGGAAGCUCCUCCAACGAGUACCUCUACGAGCGCUUCGGCCUCCUUGCUGUCCCUUCCAUCCGUUCCCUUAGCGUGCAGUCCAAGUCUCACUUACGGAAGAACCCGCCCACAUACUCCAGCUCCACAUCCAUGGCGGCUGUCAUCGGCAACCCCAAGCUCCCAUCAGCCGUGAUGGACAGGUGGCUGUGGGGGCCCAUGCCAUCGGCUGAGGAAGAGGCCUACAUGGUGUCCGAGCUGCUGGGCUGCCAGCCCCUAGUGGGCAGUGUAGCCACCAAGGAGAGGGUCAUGAGCGCCCUGACCCAGGCUGAGUGCGUCCACUUUGCUACCCACAUCUCCUGGAAGCUGUCGGCCUUGGUCCUCACGCCCAGCAUGGACGGCAACCCUGCCAGCAGCAAGAGCUCCUUCGGCCACCCCUACACGAUCCCUGAGUCCUUGCGGGUGCAGGACGACGCCAGUGACGGGGAAAGCAUCUCAGACUGCCCGCCCCUGCAGGAGCUGCUGCUCACGGCCGCCGAUGUCCUGGACCUGCAGCUGCCCGUGAAGCUGGUGGUGCUUGGUUCCUCCCAGGAGUCCAACAGCAAAGUCACAGCCGAUGGAGUCAUCGCGCUGACAAGGGCCUUCCUGGCUGCCGGCGCUCAGUGUGUCCUCGUGUCUCUAUGGCCUGUGCCAGUGGCUGCUUCUAAGAUGUUCAUCCAUGCCUUCUACUCAUCCCUGCUGAAUGGCCUGAAAGCCAGCGCCGCCCUGGGGGAGGCCAUGAAGGUGGUGCAGAGCAGCAAGGCCUUCUCACACCCCUCCAACUGGGCAGGGUUCAUGCUCAUCGGGAGUGAUGUUAAGCUGAACAGCCCCUCAUCACUCAUCGGCCAGGCCCUCACAGAGAUCCUGCAGCACCCGGAGCGCGCGCGGGAUGCCCUGCGAGUGCUGCUGCACCUGGUGGAAAAGUCCCUGCAGCGCAUCCAGAAUGGGCAGCGCAAUGCCAUGUACACGUCCCAGCAGAGCGUGGAGAACAAAGUGGGCGGCAUCCCUGGCUGGCAGGCCCUCCUCACCGCUGUGGGCUUCCGGCUGGACCCCCCAACCAGUGGCCUGCCAGCAGCUGUCUUCUUCCCAACCUCCGACCCGGGUGACCGGCUCCAGCAGUGCAGCAGCACCCUCCAGUCCCUGCUGGGUCUGCCCAAUCCUGCCCUCCAAGCCCUUUGCAAACUCAUCACUGCCUCGGAGACGGGAGAGCAGCUCAUCAGCCGGCUCCACCAGGUGCUGGUUCAGCUCCAGGCUGGCGAGAAGGAGCAGGACUUGGCAUCAGCUCCCAUUCAGGUCUCCAUCAGCGUCCAGCUGUGGCGGCUCCCGGGAUGUCACGAGUUCCUGGCAGCUCUAGGUUUUGAUCUCUGUGAAGUUGGUCAGGAGGAAGUAAUCCUGAAAACCGGGAAGCAAGCUAAUCGACGGACUGUGCACUUCGCGCUCCAGUCCCUGCUGUCUCUGUUCGAUUCUACUGAGCUACCCAAGCGCCUCAGCCUCGACAGCUCCUCCUCCCUGGAGUCUCUUGCUUCUGCUCAGUCUGUUUCCAAUGCCCUGCCCUUGGGCUACCAGCACCCCCCCUUCUCUCCCACCGGUGCCGACAGCAUUGCCUCAGACGCCAUCUCUGUGUACAGUCUGAGCUCCAUUGCCUCCUCAAUGAGCUUUGUCUCCAAACCUGAGGGUGGAUCAGAGGGUGGAGGCCCCGGAGGACGACAGGACAAUGACCGGUCCAAGAACGCUUACCUGCAGAGAUCCACCCUGCCUCGGAGCCAGCUGCCUCCCCAGACCCACCCUGCAGGCAACAAAGAUGAAGAAGAAUAUGAAGGGUUUUCUAUCAUCAGUAACGAGCCCUUGGCGACCUACCAAGAAAACCGAAACAUGUGCUUCUCACCAGACCACAAACCACCCCGACCUGGGACAACCGGAGGCUUGAGAGUCUCAGUGAGCUCCAAAGGGAGCAUCAGCACUCCAAAUUCUCCAGUGAAAAUGACUCUGAUUCCCAGCCCCAACUCACCCUUCCAAAAGGUGGGAAAACUAGCAAGCUCAGAUACAGGAGAAUCAGACCAGUCUAGCACAGAAACGGACAGUACCGUGAAAUCCCAAGAAGAAAGCAAUCCAAAACUUGAUCCACAAGAAUUAGCCCAGAAAAUUCUAGAGGAGACACAGAGUCAUCUCAUUGCGGUGGAGCGUCUUCAGAGGAGCGGCGGCCAGGUGAGCAAGAGUAAUAACCCUGAAGAGGGUGUUCAGGCGCCCAGCAGCGCUGCCGUCUUCAGAGCGUCAGAAACCAGCGCGUUCAGCAGGCCUGUGUUCUCCCAUCAGAAGAGUCAGCCAUCGCCAGUCACUGUUAAACCAAAGCCCCCAGCCAGGAGCUCCUCCCUGCCCAAGGUGAGUUCUGGAUAUAGCAGCCCCACCACCUCGGAGACGUCCAUCAAAGACAGCCCCAGCCAGAACAGUGGCCGGCCAUCUCCCAGCUCCGACUCACAGACUUCCCAGCUGGACCAGCCUCUCUUUAAACUGAAGUACCCCAGCUCUCCUUACAGCGCUCACAUUUCCAAAUCACCAAGGAACAUGUCCCCAAGCUCCGGCCACCAGUCUCCUGCUGGCAGUGCACCUUCCCCAGCUCUCUCCUACUCCUCAGCUGGAUCCGCUCGCUCGAGUCCAGCAGAUGCUCCUGACAUAGACAAACUGAAAAUGGCAGCCAUUGAUGAAAAGGUGCAGGCUGUCCAUAACCUGAAGAUGUUCUGGCAGAGCACACCCCAGCAUUCCACAGGGCCAAUGAAGAUCUUCCGGGGGGCUCCUGGCACGAUGACUUCUAAGAGAGAUGUCCUCAGUCUGUUGAAUUUGUCACCACGGCACAAUAAGAAGGAGGAGGGAGUGGAUAAGCUUGAACUGAAGGAGCUGUCCCUGCAGCAGCAUGAGGGAGCUCCACCAAAAGCCCCUCCCAACGGACACUGGCGCACCGAGACCACCUCGCUGGGCGCACUGCCGCUGCCCUCCGGCCCUCCCGCCGCAGCCCCCGCGCGCCCUUUGAGACUGCCUUCUGGAAAUGGCUACAAGUUCCUGUCCCCAGGAAGAUUUUUCCCUUCUUCCAAAUGCUAAAGCAUCUUUUAUACCCACUGACUCUGAGCAGCCGGCAGAUGGGGGCCUGGCGUUUGCUUCAGCCGUGCCGAGUGCAGCCCCCCCCCAGCCACCAGCACCCUCCUGAUGCUGUGCUCUCCGGGCCAGGGGCAUGACCACGUCCAAAGGCUGCCACACACACUGGUGGCUUUUCUGGGCCACAUUCACCAAAAGCCAGGACUUCUAUGGGGCUGGUACAGGAGGCUCAUGGAAUUUCCUACACACUUCACCAAAUGUUUACCUUUGAACUCCCUGUUCUCAUCUUUGAUAUGAUUCUUCACCAGGAUUUUGUACAAAAAUGAUCAUGGUUCUGGGGUAGGGAGAGGAAAGGGAGCACAUAUUUUGCUAAGAGGUAUAUAUGCAGUACCUUUUAUACACAGAAAUACAAAUAGAGCUUUUUCUAAGGCGUUCGGGUGCUGGUUGGGGGUGGGAUGUAUGAAAUUUCUCUCAGUUGAAUUCUACAGGAAAGUGUUAUAUUAGCCAAAAAUGGAAUAAUGGUUUUUAAAAUGCCAAUGAUUUGUAAUUAAAUUGUAGCAAUUUUGGUCUCAUGAUAUUGUAAUAUCUCAGCAACAAUGCAAUAAUUCACAUUGAAAGAGCGCUUCCAUUCUGAACUCUCCUCUGCAAAUGUCCUUUGGGUCCCGCUGUCAACCAAACUUGAAUUUUCUUAAAAAAAAAUUAUGUAACUUUUAUCCAGGCAUUUUAGAGCUAUGCAAUUGUGAUUUAAAAUGCAACUUUGUGCUUUUAAAACAGUAUUGACCUUUUUUGUACAUGGAUAAACAACUUGGUUUUACUAUCAAUAGUACUUUGCAUUUAUAGCUAUUAUUUUUAAAAGCUCAAAAAGUUUUUUAAAAUGUCAAAUUUUGAAUUGUCAUCAAUAAGUAAUUAUCAAGUUUGGAAGGAAAGGUUGAAAUGACUCAGUUUCCUUAUAAGAAAAAAAAAAAAUUCCAAGGCUAACUAGAUUUAUCCCGCCUUCCAGCUCCUAUUCCCUUUUAUUAGCUGUUGAAUUUUAUUCUCUUUUCCCAACUCCAGGUCCCUCAGUUGUCUUAUAUCUAAAUCUGUUGCCAGGUCCCCACAAUCCCAGCACCUGCCUCUGUGAGCUGCCCCCCAAAACCCUCACCUUGGCCCUGGCCAGCCUCCUGUGCUCCUACUGUCUGAAGGACUGGCCCCUCCCCCACCACUGAAGCCACACGUCCAGAUCCUAAGCAGCAGGGCCAUCCCGGAUUAUAGCCAACCAGGGAGAAAGAGAUCUAUCUUAAAAAGUGAAGGUGGACUUCUUUUCCUACAGCUCUGACAGUAACUUAAAUUGUUGCCAGCUUGAGGGAAGACAAGGGAAUCAUCUAUUUAGGGGUAACCAUUAAUUUAUUUUACUAAAGAAAGGAAAUGCUGAAGGUCAUAUUAGUACUGGAGAAUUUAGAUAAGUAUCUUUCAGGUAAUUCUAAAAUAAAAAUCCUACCCACUUCACUACGGGGUUCCUCAUGAAGGUGGGCGGCCACCUGGCCUGGGCCACCAGCAGCACAUGGAGCAGACCGAGGGGCCUGGCAGGGGGCACUGACCUCAGGAUCCCCAGCUGGGGGUUUUAACCAUGGGUGGGAUCUCAGCUUCUGAGCAUACACUGACAGUCUCACCUGUUCCUCAGUGUACUCCUCUGAAAAGAAGAAAGAAUAGUAUUUAUCUAGUCUGUGUUCUCCUGAGCUCCAUCCUAGAGGUUUUUAAUUUAACCAGCAGCCAUGUUGACAAAAGGCAACAAUAAGCAUGUCACAUUCUAGCCCUGAUCCCAACACUGAAAGCGAAGUACUUUAUAAAGAAGCCAGCAAUUAUGAGGGUUUCUUUAUGUUAGUAGGGGAAAAAUGGUAAUAAAAGUACCAGUGUAGCAAGUGAAGACCAAAUUUAUAGCACUGUGCAUUAGACAGCAAAAUCAGGUUCUUAACAAUGAAAAGUAAACCUCAAGUUUCUAAAAUCCAUAUGCAGAUGGUUAGGCUGUCCCUCUCUUAGCAAAUCUCUCAGCCUCUUUCUUUCCCAAGUGCCAAGGAUCCCUGGAGUAAAGCUCUGGGGGGUCUGUGCUCUCCUUCCGUGAGGGGAAGGGUACCGCCCUAUUUGCCCCUCUCUAGCAAACACCCCCACCACCCUGCCGCUUCCUGUGGUUAUUGAGCCAGUUAGGAGGACUCAUGGACUCUAACCUGGUUUUAGUCCCAUGUACAUUAUUGUUUUAGGUUUCAUAUUGAAGAGCCAAAUGGUUUAUGUGGUUUUAUUCUGUCUAAGUUUCAAGGAAGGGAAAACAAAAGUGAUAAAAUGAUAGACCAGUCUAGAGGCCACUGUAGAGUCACCGCCACUUUAUAUGUAUGUCCGUCUUGCUGUUCCUAUAUGAGUAAAAUGGAUGUAAAAUCAUAAAAUCAAAGUGAAUGUUUCAGGCUACACUGAAAAAAGUAUGCACUUAGAAUUAAGGGAAAUUGCGUAAUUCACCAGGAUUUCUUUGUGUACAUCAGGAGUUGGCAACUAUGACCCACAGGCUAAGUCUGGUCAGCGGUAUGGUUUUUCAUAGCCAUGAGCUAAGUUACCUUUUUAAAGGGUUAUAUAAGUAAUUACAUAAUAUUAUUGAUUUUGCCUUUGGCCCACACCACAUAAAAUAUUUAAUACCUGGCUUUUUUUUUUUUUUUUUUUUUUGAGACAGAGUCUCACUCUGUUGCCCAGGCUAGAGUGCAAUGGCGCAAUUUCGGCUCACUGCAACCUCUUCCUCCUGGGUUCAAGCGAUUCUCCCUGCCUCAGCCUCCUGAGUAGCUGGGAUUACAGGCACCCACUACCAUGACCUGCUAAUUUUUGUAUUUUUAGUAGAGACGGGGUUUCACUAUGUUGGCCAGGCUGGUCUCGAACUCAUGACCUCAGGUGAUCUGCCCGCCUCAGCCUCCCAAAGUGCUGGGAUUACAGGUGUGAGCUACCGCACCCGGCCAAUACCUGGCCUUUUAACAAGUUUGCUGACUCCUGGUAUAGAUGACAGAAAAUGGAAUAAUGUUUUGUUUCUCCAGUCUAGGAACAGCAAGUCAGGUAGUGGAUAGACUGACUGGCAUCCGGGGAGCCCUGGUAUGUGAGGGCCACGUGGAUGAAACAAAAUGCCUCCUGCAUAGCCCUUGGCUCUUUGUCCCACUUGGGAGGAGUCCAUGGAUGUGGGUAAUAUUUACAAAACAAUUUUUGGCUUACCAUUUGCAGAAAGCAUUGCAUAUAUUUAAACUGGCAUGUCCCACCCUCUGCUACUCCAUCAGAUGUAAAUACAAUGACGAUAAGCCGUACAACUCCCCUCUCUUAGAAACCUCAGCAGGACCACAGAGCAAGGGAGUCAAAGCUUUCUUAAUUCUCUCCAGUAAAUGACUCAACUAAUUUGAUUUUUUAAUUAAGUCAAAAUACCAAGAGAAAAAUUGCUACUAAAACUCACAUUUUGAUCCACACUAAUGUGCGGCACAAAAUGAAAUAGUUUUCACCUCCAUUCCAUUUUUUAAAAAUUCACGGUCCACACUGAAACUUGCCGGGUUUUAGCAAGAGACGAAGGUGCCACCCACGCUGUCCUGAUCCUGCUUUCUCCGACCCAGUGACCUCCAGCACGUGAUCACUGCAGCCAGUCCCGGCCAUGCCGAUCCUGCCACCUCCCGGCCACACACACUUGCAGACCCACAAGAAGAAUUGUAGCCUUGAGAAUUUCAGUUCAGGUUGGAAAAAUGCCAUGCAAUAAUCUGGUUUGCUUUCAGUAAGUAGGCAACAAGUGGAAACUGUGUAAUUUUCAUCACCUAUUCUGCUGUUCUGAGUGUACCUUUGGUUUGUGAACUGGGCCCUUGUUUGUGCCACAUCCUUCAAAGAUGUUUCCUGUCAGGACACCUGUGGUCCCGCCCCUCCUCAGACACCUUCCCACUGGCAUUCACGUUUCUUAUAUGCAGUGUUAGCCAUCUUUGGCCUACGUGGACUUUUUUUGUAAAUUACACGGUUUCCAGACAUUAAACUUUUUAUAUUAUGAAAUUUACCAUGUAAAAAGAACUUCAUAUUUUUAUUGAGAUUGCUAAGGCACUUGGCCUUCCUCCUUUGUGAUUUUCAGUGUCUAUUAAAGCAUGAGUUCCCUC